AUGGAAAGAAGCCGAGAUUAUCGCCGAGCUGCCCAGGGGACUCCCUCCGCACCGGCUUUGGCCCCGUCCAAGUCCCAUCUCGAGGGUCCGCAGCAGCAAAACAGCAAGCCAGCCGGCCAGAAGAUGCUUUCUUUGCCUCAGACCCCCACAUGGAGAUUCCGUCUUUUCUCCUCAUCUUCAUGCGGAGAGCGUGCUGGUGAGAUGGAUCGCCCAUCGUCACACCAAGGGGUUCCGACCCAGGCAAUUGUAUUACCAAGGGGGGUUGAUAGCACCAUCCGAUGCGUACAGCUUCAGGCAUGGAGUGACCUUUUCCAACUUCCAUCUGGAAACAAUGUUAACUAA